AUGGUCGAGGCAAAAUGCAUCCAUGCCGUUAGGGAGGCCCUGACAGCCACCAAGAGAGAUGAGGGCUCGAAUCAGAGUCGCGUCCUGUCCUCGGAUUACUGGAAUGCUUUCAUUACGCUGCACAAGUCUUUGCUCCAUGAGCAUCAUGAUUUGCUUUUAGUGUCGCAGCACCCUUCAGCGAGCCCAGAACUUCGCCAGUUGACACAUGCCAUGCCCAUCCGAAUAUGGGAGCACGGAGUACAUUCAUUUCUGGAACUUCUUCGCCGUCGUUUGCCAGGAUCGUUGGAGCACAUGCUCACUUUCAUACUCCUGGCGUACCAGAUGAUGGCAGUUCUCUAUGAGGCUGUUCCUGCUUUCGAAAAUGUCUGGAUCGAAUGUCUCGGGGAGCUCGGACGAUAUCGAAUGGCAAUAGAGGAAGAUCUCGAGGCCCGGAAGACGUGGACAGAGGUUGCUCGCUCUUGGUACAGCAAAGCUGCCCACAAAAGCCCGUCAGCUGGUCGUCUCUACCAUCGCAUGGCCGUCCUCGCGAUGCCGAAUGCUCUACAGCAGCUUUAUCUUUACUGCCGCUCGCUUACCUGCGCCAAUCCGUUUUCGAGAGCGCGCGGGUCUAUCCUCACCCUCUCCGAGCGUAUCCUCGACCACUCCUCUGGACCGUAUCUUCAUUUACUCCCGGUUGAGACCAAUUUCGUACGCGCCCAUGGAAUACUGUGCGCAGAGGAUCACAUAUUCGAACAAAACGAAUUCAACCAGGUCCUCGAAAAGUUCAUCGAGGAGCUGGACGGAAGUAUUGGGCGAGUUACGUCGAAGUGGAAAGAGCGAGGUGCGUACAUGGUAAUUGCAAACAUUUCUAGCUUAUUCGAUUACGGCGGCGAGGAUAACUUCCUACGCCUCGCUUUUGAGGCGCAGCUGCAAAACAAACUGUGUAGACAGCUCUCCUACGCCAUGCUACCCCACAGCAUACAGCUCGACUCCCGGACUGCCGAGGCUUUUUCUUGUGCUUGCCGUCUUACGUUCGACACGUUAGAGGUCGUUCUCCAACGCUUCGUGGACAAGAAUAUCCUCACUCACUUUCACAUCCUGCUCACUUUUUUAAAUCAAGCCAUGACGCUUCCCUGCGACACUUCCUACAUUUUCGGGCACAUUCAGUAG